AUGUCAAGCAGUAAUUCCGACGACGAGAAAGCAACGAUACCAUCACCUUCCGAGGAUGAAUUUCUCGUCAAGUGGGACGAUAAUGAUCAUCUCAAUCCUCAAAAUCUACCAGUUGUUAGGAAAUGGCUGAUCACAGUGGCUGUUUGUGUCGGGGCGUUGGCGGUUACAUGCGGCUCGUCUAUAUACUCCGCGAUUUAUGAUCAGAUAAUAGCGGAGUUCCACUCCUCUCAAGAAGUUGUUACCCUUGGUCUUUCGCUUUUCGUUAUUGGACUUGCCGGUGGUCCUAUGUUCGUGAGUCCUUUGUCUGAGUUCUACGGCCGUCGAUUCAUCUACAUUAUUUCUAUGAUCCUCUACUUUAUCUGGAACAUACCAUGCGCGACCGCUCAGAAUAUGCAGACUCUGCUCAUCGGACGCUUUUUCGACGGCCUCUGUGGAAGUGCAUUUAUGAGCGUGGCAGCUGGUACCGUAACGGAUUUAUUCGCGCCUCAGGAUAUUCAAGCACCUAUGAUAUUGUUCACCAUCACCCCGUUUCUGGGUCCAGUGCUUGGCCCUCUCCUUGGCGGAUUCAUAAACUCAUACGUCUCCUGGAGAUGGACAUUCUACGUUAUGCUCAUCUGGACGGGAAUCUUGAGCGGCGUCCUCAUCUUUGUCCCGGAGACAUAUGCACCGGUCCUACUUUCCCAGAAAGCUGCCGCAAUGCGCAAAUCUACAGGCAACGAGUCGUACUAUUCCGCAUCUGAGAAAACAAGAGCCUCGAGACCUCUUUCGGUGGCCCUUAAGGAAAGUCUUUAUCGCCCUUUUCAGCUUCUGUUCCUAGAGCCAAUGUGCACUCUCCUUUGCAUAUACUCGGCACUGCUUCUUGGGAUCCUGUAUCUCUUCUUCGGCGCAUUUCCUCUCGUUUUCACCACCAACCAUGGGUUCAAUCUUUGGCAAAAUGGAUUGACCUUCCUUGGUCUUGUCGUUGGUCAAUUCCUGGCAGCUGCGCUCAAUCCCUUUUUUCGCAAGAACUAUCUGCGCCUUGUGGCUGAGCAACGUGCGAAAGAGAAAGAAGGCGAACAACAAAGGCCAGCACCUGAAUUCCGUCUUCCUCCUGCAAUCGUUGGCGGUAUUUUGGUACCUUUAAGCUUAUUUUGGUUUGGUUGGACGACGUACUCGUCUGUUCAUUGGAUUGUUCCGAUCAUUGGAAGUGUCUUCUUCGGUACCGGUAUGUUUCUUGCCUUCCAAGGAAUCUGGACGUUCCUCGUCGACGCAUACCCGUCAUACGCUGCCAGUGCCUUGGCGGCGAAUGUUUGUGCUCGAUGCGUCUGCGCCGCUGCGUUUCCAUUAUUCGGAGAUCAGAUGUACACGAAUUUGGGAUACCAAUGGGCAAGUUCCUUGCUGGCUUUCUUGGCUUUGGCCAUGAUGCCGUUUCCUUAUUUGUUUUACCGAUAUGGAAAGGCGAUCCGGGCAAGGAGCAAGUUUGCUUUCUCGUCCUAG